AUGAAAACCAUAACAGCCUCCGACCUCCGCCACCACUGGCUCACCAAACACGAAAUCGCCCUGCUCGACGUCCGCGAAGAAGGCCCCUACUCGCACUCCCACCCCCUGUGGGCCAUCAGCGUCCCCGUCUCAGAGAUCGAAGCAAAACUCCCCGCCUUAGCCCCGCGCCUCUCCGUGCCAAUCGUCGUCUACGAUGACGGCGAAGGAUAUGUCGAAAAUGCAGUCUCCCGCAUCCAAGCCCUAGGCUACACCUCCGUCGCAAUCCUGCAAGAUGGACUGAAGGGCUACGCUGCCGUCGGCGAAGUCUACCGCGACGUCGGCGUCCCCUCGAAAGCAUUCGGCGAGCUGGUGGAAGCGAUAAACCACACCCCGUCGCUGUCUGCGCGAGAAGCGAAAGAUAUUCUCGAAAACGGAGAUGGCGAUGUCGCUGUUCUGGAUGCGCGUCGGUUCGUUGAGUAUAACACCAUGAGCAUCCCGCGCGGCCGCAGCUGUCCUGGCGGGGAACUGCUGUAUCGGUUCUUUGAGGCGGUGCCGCGGCCUGAGACGACGGUUGUUGUGAACUGUGCGGGGCGCACGAGGAGUAUUGUAGGUGCGCAGAGUCUGAUUCAUGCGGCGGUGCCGAAUAGGGUACUUGCGUUGAGGAAUGGGACGAUUGGGUGGGUGUUGGAGGGGUUGGAGUUGGAUAGUCAGAAGACGGAGAGGGUGGACAGCCCGCAGGGGGAGGCUUUGGAACGGGCGAGGAAGAGUGCAGUGGAUUGGGCUGAGUAUGUCGGUGUGAAGCUUAUCAAUGGGAAGCAGCUGGCUGGGUUUGUAGAGGAGGAUCGGACGCUGUAUCUCCUGGAUGUACGGGAUCCGGAGGAGUAUGCCCUUGACCAUCCUGAAGGCUUCGUCAACGCCCCUGGAGGCCAGCUCGUCCAGGCUACAGACGAAUGGGUUGGUGUACGAGGAGCCCGCCUGGUUCUAUACGAUACCGACGGCGUGCGCGCACGCAUGACAGCCAGCUGGCUUUUGCAGCUUGGAUGGGAAGUGUAUGUCUUUGACGAGACGUCCACAAUCCCCAAGGACCUCUCAGUCCGUGAGAUCCCUUCACGGAACCCAAAGUCCGGUGGGAUAUCAGUCGACGAGUUCAAGGCCCUCCCCGAAAAGACGGUGGUCGAUCUCGCGCGCAGCCCUGUCUACACCAAAGGCCAUAUCCCAGGAUCAUGGUUCGCAUCCGGCCCCGAACUCGCUCGCGACUUGAAGGCUCUCCCUGACGAUGGGCCUAUCGUCUUAACAUCGCCUGAUGGAGUAAUCGCAGCAGCAAACUUCGAAGCACACAGGUCCAUCUCACGUCAGGUUCUGUAUCUGGUUGGAGGAACGGCAGCAUGGGUGGAUGCUGGAAAUACCCUCGAGACCGAGCCGCGGUGGCUUUCGGAGCCUAUCGACGUGUAUAAACGACCGUAUGAAGGGACAGGGAAUGCGCGAGAGGCCAUGCAGGGGUAUCUAGACUGGGAGUAUGGACUUGUUGCGCAGCUGGCGAAUGAUGGCGUUGCUGGGUUUCACGUUGUACGGCGAAGUCAGUAG